AUAAUAAUUAUUAUUAUAUUAUUAUAACACUUUUUUUUCUCUAUUUUUUGCCGACCUAUUUCCAUCCUUUCGGCGACCCCUGGCGGCUCCCCGGACCGUGCGUUGAGAACCUCUGCGCCGCCUGAAACUCAUUUCCUGAUUGGCUGACUGGAAGGUGCGUGGUGUCUCAGAAAACCCAGCCGCAGGGACUCCUCUGUGCUGAGUGUCUGUCUGUCAGCCUCCUAACAACAUACUCGAUUAACUGGUGUGUCCACGUGGAUAAUCAAUCAUGGAAUUAUUGGUUCGAUAUCUGGACAGGAGCAACUCAGUCAGCUCUGUCACGACACAAGACAUUAUUAAAGAGGAGAACCUGAGAGAUGACCUGAGGUAUUACUUCAUGAGCCCGUGUGAGAAGUACCGGACCCGGCGACAGUUACCCUGGAAACUUGUGGUGCAGAUUCUGAAAAUCAUCAUGAUCACCACACAACUCAUCCUGUUCGGCCUCAACAACCAGCUGGUGGUGUCCUAUAAGGAGGAGAACACGAUAGCCCUCAAAAACCUUUUCCUGAAGGACUACAGCGGGGUGGAUGAGGACGAUUACAGUGUUGCUGUCUACACCCAACAAAGUGUCUACGACAGUCUGUUUCAUGUGCUGGAUCAGUAUAGCCAGCUGGGUCGGCUCUCCGUGGGUCCCAUCAGUUACGCUGAAGAUAAAGAUAAAAAGCUGCUUCCGCUCAAAAUCUGUAAAGAGUAUUACAAGAGAGGCAGCGUGGAGCCGUCAGAAGAGGCAUACGACAUAGACGCCCAGCUAGAGGAAGUUUGUAUUUCACAUGAUCCAAAGACUGUAAACCAGUGGAGAACCCAGAAUUCAUCCUUUUUUGAUCUGGACUUUUACAGGCUAGUUGACAUCAAAAUAACCUUCCAGCUGAAAGGAAUCAACCUGCAGACGGUGCGUUCGCGGGAGUUACCUGACUGCUAUUUGUUCAACGUUACGAUAACAUUUGACAACCAGUGUCACAGUGGAAAGGUGAAAAUCUUCCUGGAUACAGACACUCAGAGCUAUGCAUGUCGAGACUGGAAGAUAUCUGGGACAGCUCAGAAGAACACACACUAUCUGCUGGUGUUUGACGGCUUCGUCAUUCUUGUUUGCCUCACCUCGGCUGUGCUGUGCACCCGCUCCAUCGUGCUGGCUGUCAGGUUACUCCAGAGAUUCUCCAGAUUCUUUUACGAGAACUACAAUCGUAAAGUGUGCGAGGAUGACCAGGGCGAGUUUCUAAACGGCUGGUAUGUGCUCGUCAUCGUCAGUGACCUCAUGGCGAUAGUUGGAUCCAUAUUGAAGAUGGAAAUACAAGCAAAGAGUCUGACCAGUUAUGAUGUGUGCAGUAUCUUCCUGGGAACGUCGACAUUACUGGUGUGGGUCGGCGUCAUCAGGUACCUGGGAUACUUCCAGAAAUACAAUGUGUUAAUUUUAACGAUGAAAGCAGCCUUCCCCAAGGUCCUGCGUUUCUGCUGCUGUGCCGGCAUGAUCUACCUCGGCUACACCUUCUGUGGGUGGAUCGUAUUGGGGCCAUACCAUGAGAAGUUUGAGGGCCUGAGUCUUGUAGCAGAGUGCCUGUUCUCCCUGUUGAAUGGGGACGACAUGUUCACCACCUUCGCCCAGCUGAAGGACAAAAACACUUUGGUGUGGCUCUUCAGUCGGGCCUACCUCUACUCCUUCAUCUCCCUGUUCAUCUACAUGGUGCUGUCGCUCUUCAUCGCCCUCAUCACCGACGCCUACGAGACCAUCAAGAGCUUCCAAAAGGAUGGAUUCCCGCUGACGGACCUGCAGAAGUUCCUCAGAGAGCAGAAAGAUUUUCCUGUUGUAGAGGAGAGCAGUCAGACAGACGUUCACGUCACACACUCUAUGUUGUGCUGCUGCCAACGAGUUCCUGAAGGUGACGAUGUCAUACUGAUCAGCUGACAGCUGUUUCCCGAUUAAAAACGGAUCAAGGACGACCUCCGGGAAAAGGACUUCACACGUCUGAUACAGGCUUCAAGAUCAAGUGAUCCACAGCAAAAUCCUGUACAGUGUAGAGUAACCAGUUCUGUAAUGUGCAAUAUGAAUUACCAAACAAAAGUUCCCUCUCUUGAACAUGAAACUGGAGCUCGAGUUAAAGAGCUAGACCUUGAAAAAAAGAAAAAGUUUCAUAACAGCAUCUAUAGAAGUUCAGGAUGCUGUUGAGAAGUUUACUGGGCCUUUUAAAGGUCUGUACGUGCAUUUAGUCGCCAGAGAAGUGGAGUCAGUGUUUUCUACAUUUGACUGUGGCUGCAAACACUGGUGCAAUAUUAUGCAGUGCUAGAUGUAAUUUAUUUGAUAAGCGUUGUGGUAAAGAUUGCAGUAAAGCAAAUCUUUUCAUUUGUAUGUGUGGAAGUAUGUUUCCUGUCUUUGCCGCUAAGUGUGCACAUUCAGUUUUUCUUUCAAAUUUUGAGUCAUACACAAAAUCACAUGUCCACAGGCAAAGCUGGAGACUAAUUUGAGUAUUUGCAUGGUUAACAUCCUGGCAGCACUGACAGGAGCUUGAUAUAAAAUACUAACAUUACAGCACUGUGCACCGUUAAAGAAUCCAACUCCAAAGAAUUUUCUAAAAUGCCUAAAAACCUUCAUAGCUGAGAUUGAGUAAUACGGGAGUUUUGAAUGACCAAACCAGGAAUACAGUAUGAGUCAGUUUUAUCACCAAACCUACAAGCAAGCUUAGCUGUUGAGACAAGCUGGAGCACGAUUUCUCACUUUGAGCGUGAGUAAUUUAACUUGAUAAAAUCAGAGGCGUUACCUCAAACUUUUACAACACUUUGGGCCGAAUACAAAGAGUUAUACACAGCAUGGAUAAGGCAACACAUCAAUAAGUGCCACCCCAUACAGUAUCUUUCCUAUGUGAUAUUAUUGGUCUUAUUCCUCAUAUUUGAUCUCAAACAGUUAAAAGUGUGACCAGAGUAAAUCAAAUCCUCUUCAAAGACAAGAUCAGGAUCAUAUUGACCCUAAGGAUUUUUCUCUCAACAGAUUUGUCUGUUAAGUUUGGCUCGAUAAACAUGGGUGUUACUUUUCAACACAAAACCGGCUAAAACAAAUGUCAAUAUGUGCCUGCCUGCUGUCUCAAAUCAAACAUGCAGAUUUGUGGCAACCAGAAGUGAGUGCUACAUUGAACGCAGCAAUGAUUGGGGGUUUUCAUGUGCAGCUCCAAAAACUCAACCCUUAAUUUAUAGGUGAAUGGACCCAUCUGUGAUUUUACACACUCGUUUUUUGCAUAAGGGCGGUUCAUUGUAUGUGAAUUUGUCUCUGAGUGUCAAACUAAACUAAAUACAGUUUAGGAACUGAUUUCUUUGACUUUAGUAAUAGUACCAAUACAAUAACAGAAAAAUUCUCUGUUAGGAGAAGAUAGGAUUUUACUGCUGUAGCUGGUUGUGUUGGAGCUAGUUUUAAUGACUUUAUAUGAAGUUUUGUUGUUGAGUGCAGGGGUCUGGCCCCCAAAGCGUCUCCAUAAAUUGUAGGAGUGGUGAGAUGAGAAAAAAAGUUCUAAAAGAGAAAUUCCUCCACACAAGUUGUGCUUGUUUGUUAAAUACUGAAGGAUUUUACCUCUUUGAGCCUUGCCAAGUAUUGGAAUAAGAAUUUUAGAGGGAAAUCUCUUCUUUUUCUUUUCUUCUAACAGCUCACCACCAUCUGAAAUGUGACAACAUGCCCCAACUCUUUAAUGUAAGAGGUCAUGAAUU